AUGGCUUCAACAUCCGCAGCCGCACCCGCUGAGAAUGCGUCCACUCAGGAAAAUGUUCCCACCAAUACGCCUACCUCCAUCGUCGUUGUCGGCAUGGCUGGUUCCGGCAAGACGACCUUCAUGCGACGCAUCAACUCUUACCUGCACGGCAAGCAAGAUCCGCCGUAUGUCAUCAACCUGGACCCGGCCGUUCUCAAUGUCCCCUUCGAGAGCAACAUCGACAUUCGCGACUCGGUCAACUACGAGGAAGUUAUGAAGCAGUACAACCUGGGCCCCAACGGUGGAAUUUUGACGUCCUUGAACCUCUUUGCCACAAAGGUCGACCAGAUCGUCAACCUGCUGGAGAAGCGCGCGGCUCCGGACCCUGAGAACCCGAAUAAGAAGCCCAUCAACAACAUUCUUGUUGACACUCCCGGACAGAUUGAGGUCUUUGUCUGGUCCGCCAGUGGCACCAUCCUCCUCGAGUCUCUCGCCUCUUCAUUCCCGACCGUCAUCGCCUAUGUCAUCGACACGCCGCGAACCACUUCCACAAGCACAUUCAUGAGCAACAUGCUGUACGCCUGCAGUAUUCUCUACAAGACCAAACUCCCCAUGAUCCUGGUCUUCAACAAGACCGAUGUGCAGGACGCGACUUUUGCGAAGGAGUGGAUGACGGACUUCGAGGCCUUCCAGGCCGCCCUUCAGCGGGAUGAGAUGAGCGAUGUCAUCGGCGGCUACGAGACCUCAGAAGGCGGCAGCGGCGGCAGUGGCUACAUGGGCAGUCUUCUCAACUCGAUGAGCCUCAUGCUGGAAGAGUUCUACUCCCACCUCAGCUUCGUGCCCGUCAGCUCGCGCCUCGGAACGGGUAUGGACGAGUUCUUCGCGGCCGUGGAAGAGAAGGCGGCCGAGUUCAAGCAGGACUACCUCCCCGAGCUCCAGCGCAGACGACAGGAGCGGGAGGAGAAGAAGCGCCAGGCUCGUGAGCACGAGCUGGACAAGAUGAUGAAGGGUAUGUCUGUGGACGCGGGCAAGAAGUCGAUGGUUGUCAAGCCCGUAGAUGACGACGAUGACGGAAUCGACGUAGCCAGCGACGUUGACGAUGACGAUAUGCCGGAUGAUGAGGAUGACCGGGAAGGCCUCCAGGCCCGUUACGAAGCGGCCAUGGAGGCCGAGGGCGAUUCAAUCAUGGCUGAUGGCAGUUUCGCAAAGUACUUGCACACGCGGCCGACGUGA